AUGCCCUCAACCCCGGAUAGUCGAUCUACCCGCGAAUCCACCCAAAAGCAUGCUCCAAAUCAAACGGGCACCGAAAUCACUCGCUCGGGAUGGAUUCUCUGGCUUGUGGGUUUCUACGCCAUCCUGGUUCUCUUCUCCUGGGCCAUGAUCUGCUUACUCGAUCAACGCCCCGUCACCACUACAAGCUAUCAAAAAUACCCAAGCACAAAGGGUAUAUCGAGAAGUACAUGGAAUUUAUGGAGCAGCAGUCAGCCCAUGCGAGCCAAGUACGAUCAGAAUGAGCGGUGGUAUAAAGCCAUUCAGGUCCUCCAGUCUAUUGUGGGAGUUUUGACCAUUCCAGUGACAUCCGCUGUGUGUUCAAGUGCUGUAGUGGUCUACCUCCAAUGCCGCACAGAUGGAUCGAAGCCCAAGAUCACCCUGCGUCAGUUGAUGGUUCUAGCAGACAAAGGAUGGACGGAUAUCUCAACAUACUUGCGAAUCUCAACGCAAUGGACGCGUUAUGGAACCCCAUUUCUCGCAUGGGCAUUGGCUCUGCAUUUUGUUGGCGCGAUCAUUUCUCCACUUCAGCAGGUCUUCUUGUCAACUGAAGUUGUGAAGACCCCAACAAACAUCACCGCCAUUGGCCAGCUGCUCGACAUACCGAACAAAUUCGAGAAUGGUUUCCUUCCUAAACUGUCAAUCAUCCCCAUGACCCAGAAGUUGCUCGCAAGCACUUCUGCCAAAGACGUCCCAUCACAGCUUUGGGCGAGAGAGAUAGCUUGUGAUCUCACACAUUCAGAUCUGUGCUCUCAAAUUGGACCAAACUGGGCAGAUUUAUCAAUAUCCCCUGAGAUCUUUUGGGCACAGCUCCCCAGUAACUACAGCACGGGUCUCAUUAGGCAAUAUCUUCCUCGAUUCAACUCUUCGGCUCGAUAUGAUUACGUUUCAGAGAGGGAGUUCCCUCGCGGCUGUGAUUCUGAACAUGGUACAUUAUCCCUGAAACAUAACCAUACGUUAUCCAAUUCAGCUGGCACAAAGAAUCAAGCCCUGGAAUUUUGGGCACUACACGCAUGCAUGCCAGGGAAUCAGCUCUCAACGCCAUGGAAGAAUACCCGCGAUCGACAAGAUUUUGGGGAGGCUCUUUAUCUAAAUAUCACCAUGUCCACGCAUAGCAAGGAUGGAUUAUUGGCCGAGGACAAAUCGACGCCAACGUCAAUCUACGCUCGAGUGAUUGUCAAUACCACCGCGGGAUAUUUCGAGCUGCCGAACUACAUGAACGGCCAAACUGCUGGUUCACUUCUGGAGAAGUUUCCAUACGAUAAAUGUGAUGCAUAUUGUGAUGUACAAGAAGUUACCGGACCAUACAAAGCAAAAAAGAAAAAACGCGAGCAAGAGGACCUCAUACCUGCACAAACGGACAAAAUCGAGGAAGUUCUCAACAAAGGCCCUCUACUAACAACGACCCUUGCCCUCUUCGGACGAUACUCAUGGCUCGAGACGGCAAACCGAUUCGACACACUCUACGGCUUCCGCAAUGCAUCGCAUGAUGAUCUGAAGAUUGUAGCGGACCUCGUCCCAAUGGGAAGGAUUAUUCGAGGACUCCAAGCGCCUGCGUCGCACAACGAAGAGCCAAACAGAGAUAGCAGUCACACCGGGAUCAACGACGGUGUUUUGUCACAGGAGAGCGACUUUCUCGGCGACAAAAAUGUCUACCACGAAUCCGACAUGUUCUCGAACAUCCUCACGUGGCUUGUCAACUUCCGACCCAGGAAGAUAUCCACCGACGAGAAAGAUCUUUCCUCGGAAGAGGUCAUGGCAAAUGCAUUCAACAUCGCAUCGUAUUUGGCUAAUAUUGCGUGGAUCACCGAUACACAGCAGAUGAAUGGCAGUCCUACCUUGAGCGUUCUUUAUGAUAAAGGCGCAAACUCUCGGAAGCCUUCUAUCUCGCUUGCGGGCAUUGUCGUCGUGUCGGUUCUGAUCCUUUUUCAUUUGAUUGGACUCUUCCUGACAGCACUCUAUGCGAGCUGGUUCCCUCGUUGGACGACCGCGCUCGAUGCGUUCAGCUUGUUGAGACUGGGAGGCUCGAUUGGCGAGCAUGUUCCGCUUAAGAUCUCUAGGAGUGACGAUCAAGUCAAAGUCUUGGAUGAACUGCCUGGUUGGGUGGGCUGCGCUGCCGGUGGUUCCCAAAGCAGGAAAAUUGGCAGUGUUGAACUUGGAGGACCAGGGCCUUUGAGAAUGGGUUCGAUCUGUGGAACAUAUGAAGGGUCUGCCUUGAGGGCUCGGAAGCCACAGUCAGAGACUAAGAAUGGGAUGCUUCCUAAGGUCUCGGUCUGA